AUGCAAUUUAUAAUACUUAUUUUUAUUUUAUCAAUAUUAUUUAAAACAAAUACUUCAACAACACCUGAUGAUUUAAUUAAAAUUGCAUGUUCCAGAAAACCAUAUUUACAUUUUUGUAAAAAUAAUGAAGUAAAAAAUGAAAAAAAUGAUAAAAAAAUUAAUUCAACCAAAGGUAAUUUUGUUUUAAGUAAAGCUAUUAGGCAAUUGUCAAAUAGCCAAGAACCACAUUUUCGUUUAUUUGGUGAUAAAUUAAAAGAGCUGAAAAAUAAUCCAUUUAAGGAUGACGUUAUACCGAUAAGUGAUAGCGCAUUUGAUCUUGAACCAGAAAAUUCAUCACCAGACACAAGAUCUGGUUUACGAUUAGGUGGAAAAGAAGAUGAAGAAAGAUUUAGUGCAUUAAUGAAAGAACGAAAAAGUAAUGAAAAAAAAGUUGAAACACCGGAUGAUAUUGAUCAUACGGGUCAUAUACAUAAACCUGAAGAUGCUGGAUUUUUUAUUCCACAACCUGGACCAACAGUACCAUCAUUACCAGAUGAUGAAGAAAUUGAAAAAGGAUUAGAAGUUUAUUGUAAAAAAUAUGAAGAAAAUUAUGUAUAUUAUUGUAGGACAAAAGAUAUAAAAGAAUCUAGAGUACAAAAUACAUUAUAUAAAUUUUGCCCAAGUUAUGAAGCUAAUUGUCCAGGAAAGGCAAAAGAAUAUAAUGUUGCUACACCAUCAACACCAAAAGAAUUACAAGUAUUUGAAACAUUAAGUCAACUUGGGCAUCCUAAACCACAAACAUUUGACUUAGAAAGAGAAAAAUUAUUAAAAAAAUAUCCAUGUAAACCAGAUUGUGAUGUUAGGAUUCAUAAACAUUGUACAGUUGAAUGUAAAUGUGAUUAUAUUUAUCCUGUUGUGCAAAAAUUUUGCAACCCUCCACCAGUUCCAUUUUUCUUGAAUACCUGUAAAAUCUGGUAUCAUGGUUGUCCAAAAUAUUUACAAUAUUUCUACUCAUCACAAUAUAUACAUUCUAAAGCUGAAAAAGGUAAAGUUUUUAAUGGUCGACCAAUGUUACGACAACAAACACAAUCUCAAACUGAAGAAAUGCCAAUUGUCCCAGAUCCUUUUGAUAUACCACAUAAUCAUCCUUUGGUUGAAAGAGCAUCCAAAACAUUUGAGGGAAGAAAAAUUUUAAAUAAAAAACUUGAUGAAAAAAAAGCAUUAGAUGAUCCUUUUGAUUCAAUUGAAACAAGGAAACUUGAGAAAUUUAAACCAAUAACAAGAUCUAAUAGAAAUAAAGCUAAAGCUUUUCAAGCACCUUCAGUAGGAAAUUCAAAUUCAUUACAACCUGAGGAUUACCAUAAAUAUGAUCCAUUAACAGAUGUUCAUGGAAUUUACCAUGAAAAACAUAGUAGAUCUCCAUUCUCAAAACCAGGCCUGUGGACCGCAAAUCCUGAUAAUCCACACAAUCGUGAUCAUGCCAAUAAAUAUUGGUAUCGUCCUGAGAGUGUUCAAGCAGAUUGGCUUAAUGGACAGAUUGCAUGGGGUGCACAUUGGGCAGUGCCAGCUUUUGGCGUAGGUGGAACUGAUGGUUUCAGUGCAGUUCAUUUCCCAACAAUUGGAAACUUCUUUGAUAUUCCUGACGACUACGAUUAA